AUGCUGUUCCCUCGCGUGGCCGCGCUCCCGGGCAUCUGGCUCCUGCGUGUGAGGCGUGUCCAACACGCUCUGAGCCUCGCGGGGACCCUGCCACGUCCCGUCCGCGCUGUCAGCGCCGGGAGCCGGGCACUGGGGAGCGUGUGGGCGUCAGACGGGCCCGUGCGAGGCGGAGGCCCGGAGGAUCCACGUGAGGACGAAGAGGAGGAGGAGUUGCUCCGUGUACCGCCCCUCCUGCCCUUUGACGCACAGCGCGUGUGCGUCCUGCAUCCUGACGUCAAACGCCCGGCCGGAAAAACGCCUCGCAGCACAGCGGAGUGGCAGGUGGCAGAGGCAGCCGCGCUCGUGCGCGCGCUCCCGGGAUGGUCGGUCGCGCGUACCCUGGUGGUGUCCAGCGCAGCGCCUGGCAGCAGGCAGGUGUUCGGCAAGGGCAACUUCCGGGACCUGACAGAGAAGAUCAGGGGAUGCCAGGAUAUCACAUCGGUUUUCCUGAACGUGGAGAGGAUGACGCCACAGACCCAGAAGGAGCUGGAGACCGCGUGGGGCUUGCGCGUGUUCGACAGAUUCACCUUGGUGCUUCACAUCUUCCGCUGCAACGCGCGCACCAGGGAGGCCAGGAUGCAGCUGGCGCUGGCCGAGAUUCCGCUCCUCAGGUCCUCCGUGAGCGGGGACUCUGAGCAGCAGGAUCAGCAAGGCUGGGGCUCCCGGUACAUCAUGGGGUCAGGUGAGUCGUUCUCGGAACUGCGGGCGCGUGCACUCAGAGACCGGGAGCUGCGGCUCCGCCGUGUCCUCGAGCGGCUGCGUGACAAGCGGAGGCUGAUGCGGAAGGAGCGGGUGCGGCGCGAGUUCCCCGUGGUGUCUGUGGUGGGGUACACCAACUGCGGGAAGACCACGCUCAUCCGGGCUCUGACGGGCGAGGCCACUCUGCAGCCGCGGGACCAGCCAUUCGCAACGCUCGACGUCACGGUGCACGAGGGGCGGCUGCCCUCGCGCCUUCGUGUCCUGUACGUGGACACCAUUGGCUUCUUGUCCCAGCUGCCGCACAGCCUGAUCCACGCCUUCUCUGCCACGCUGGAGGAUGUGGCCUACUCGGACGUCCUGGUGCACGUGACCGAUGUGAGCCAUCCCGACGCAGAACUGCAGAAAGCCACGGUCCUGUCCACACUGCGGGGCCUGGGUCUGCGCCCUGCACUGCUGGAGUCUGCCGUGGAGGUUCACAGCAAGGUGGACCUGGUGCCUGGGCACACCACGCCAUGCUCUGGAGCCCUGGCGGUAUCUGCAGUCUCAGGGCGUGGGCUGGACGAGCUGAAGGCGGCCCUGGAGGCGUCAGUGCUGCGCGCCACCGGCAGGCAGCUGCUCACGAUACGCGUGCGCCUCGGGGGACCCCAGCUUGGGUGGCUCUACAAUGAGGCCGUGGUGCAGCAGGUGCAGGAGCUUCCGGAGGGCGGUGCGGCCCACGUGACAGUCGUCAUCACCCAGGCCGCCUAUGGCCGGUUCCAGAAGCUGUUCCCCACUGACAUCACUUCUGACCCCCACACUGACUGACAGUUCAUUAAAGCCGGUUGUGUUCCCCUU